AAAAGGGAGUUCGCAUCAAACCUCAAACCUUGAGGUAGAGCUGAACGGGUUUGAUUAAUAAAGUGUCAACAUGAGAGAGGUUUUGCGAACUACUUUCACAUUGUGCGUAUGUGAACAAUCACAAGAUCGUGUGCGUUUCUGCUCGUGUGAUGGGAUAGCAAUCAUUGCAAUCAUUAUCAUGCUGAGACAAUUCUAGAAGUGCCAUGAAUCCAUCAAUCGGUGAAGCAUGUCGAUGACAGCAUUUGGCCUCGAUCGGCCUCGGUUAAGUCUUCACUUUCGUCCGUGUCCUGUGUGUCACCAACUGAUAGCGAACACAACAGCGGCUUCUUCGUCAGCGAGUUGGAAUGUUCCACCGAUCGAGAAGAUCAGAUUUGUUUUCCUCCAUUUUCGUUUUUUGCUGCAAUGUGUAUGUCACCAACAAGAUAGAGAGGUCCUUUUUUACCGUGCAGGGACCGAGGCCCGAGACAACAUUCCAAAGAUCGAGGCCACAGAUAAGGCUUGCGCAAUCGCGUCUGAGGGCACUGCCUGCCUGCUAAAGACCAUAAUAUUUCGCUUGAUAAUAGCGACGACCACGAUGCUGAUGGCAGCGACACAUGUCGUAACGUUCCAGAAUGGAUGAGAAUCGCCACACCAAAGAUCCCGCAAUCGAUGGUUUGGUGGAUUCGCGGUGCCCGCGGUGGUGCUGUACCCGUUGUUGUGUGGUGUAAGCAUCGAGCAGUUCGCAGGGAUGCGCUCGAGUUAGUCUUGUCGUGGGAUCGAGCGGAAGCUGAAGCGCGCGCAAUAAGAGUCCCUUCGGAAAGCAGCAGCAACAGCAGUGUGACAUCGAGCCAGCAAGUGCAACACUGUGCCACACAGUACCUACUUCUACCGGGUUGCCUUUUGGAAUUCGUUCUCAAAGUCGUCGCUUACGCGCCGUGAAACCUGACACCGCCCCAGAACGCUUGUUGGAAGUGGAGGAGCGAGCGUCGUGUACCGGAACGGAACCGAAGGAAAACAACCGUUCUGCUGAAACCUGUUCUGGAACAGCCGGCACGGAACGAAAGCGGGAGGAAAACUACACACACACACACACCAUCGCCGCCGCAGGCCGCCCCCUAGCCCGGAUCAGAAUCCAACGGUGUCACACAUCUUUCGCUUUCAUUAGUGCGCUGAAGUGUUUUGUUUUGGUGGCGCGGCACCACACUCUACGGCCGACAGGUGUCGUGGGCGCAAUUCGUUCGUUCGCCCGCUCGCUCGCUCGCUGCUAAUCGAAUUAGGACAUCGCGGGGACGCGUCGGAACAUUGCUCGCUCGCGCGCGCGUGCUUAGAAGAGAGUGUCGUGAACGCCCAUCGUCGUCGCGCACUAUCGUCGCUCGUGCUGUCUGCAGGACAUUCUCCCGCCGAAAGCAGGGUCGCCGCCGUCAUUCGGUUUAGUCGGAGCGGUGAAGUGAAAGGCGCGGACCGACGAGCUGUUGUGACCUAUUGCCGUGUGUCGGGGGAUAGCCAGCAGACAGCAGUAUGGAGCAGGCAACGGCAACGCGCCGCCUAACGCGCGGCGAAUCCGAGGACAGUCCGGUCGAGUUUGUGGUGGUGGAUUCGGACGUGUCCAUGUCCGAUGCAGGGCUCAGCUCGCCCGAGAAGAAGCCGAAGAAGAAGCGUGGCCUGUCGUUCAAGAAACUGCGCACCAAUGCGCAGAAGCUGAUCCCGAAGCGCGGUGGCCGCAAGGACUCGUCGGCCAAGUCGUCCGAGACGAGCUCGCUCGGUGGUGACUCCGGGGUGGUGAGCGGCGGUACGGAUGAUCUGCUGCCGGCUACCCCGUCGCCACCGCCACUACCGGCCUCACCGACGGCAACGGAGACGUCGAUCGAAACCGUGCUCAAGUCGACGGAAAGCCUGCCGGCAAUCAAGGAAGAUCCGGUACGGGAGGCGGCAAUGUUGGGCGCCCGAUCGGACGAGGAUAUACUGCUCGAGGGAAAGGACAAGCAGCGGCAGAAGAAGGCGCGCAAGCCGAGCCGGGCGGCUAGCUUCAUGAAGAAGCUGGCCGGACGAUCCAAAACAUCGAAGGUAGCGCCGAACCCGGCAGUCCCCGCUCCCGGCGGUGGUUCCGAGGGAGACGAGAUAUCGUCCGGGACGCUUGAAACUCCGCUGAGCAUCAAACGGCAGACGCCCGAGGGUGCCAUGUUUGUGUCGGACACGGAGCUGUACCAGGACGGCGAUCGGGACGAUGGUACGUCGGUGGAUCCGCCGUCGCCCGUGCUGGUGCGACAGCUCGAUGCCGAACCGACGACACUGAGAGCCAAACGAACCGAAAUGAAAAUCACGCUCACACGCAACAUGCCGUCGACGAAGCCUGGGACGAUUGAAACCUCGCUGGACGAUGAGGACGACAACGCUGAGGUGAUCCGGAGCAGCGGUGGAGGCGACGGCAACAGCAAUGGUCUGAACGCUGAGAACCGGGAGCUCGCAAUCGACUCUAAACCAAUUAGCUCCGACAGCGGCACUGUCCCGUCGCCUAGGGCCUCAAUCGGGAACGAGCAAUCGUCGCAGUUGAUCGCAACCACUCGCACGCAGCAGUCGUCGUCCUCCACGUCAUCCGUCGAUGCGCGCCUUUCGAGUCUGCUGAGUGGCGAUUACAUCGCGGAGAUUAACAAGUUUUCCAUCGAGAACAUUACCAACGCCGGCGCAGCGAGCAGCACUGUCGUAGCAGGAGGAGGAGGAGCAGGAGGAGUAGGAGCAGAAGCGGUGCCGUUGCCGCAGCCACGUGCGUCGUUGUCGAUUCGGGAGCGCUUCUUCCAGCAGCAGCCGGUGGUGGUGACGACGGGCGACCUCGACCCAGUCGCCAGCUUUGAUUCGCAGGACAUUGCCCCACCGUCGUCGGUUGUCGUCGACGAGGAAAUAGACGGUUUUAUGAGGAAAGCGAGAGGAGCGAGUGCGGCCACAGCGCGAUCGAAAGGGGGCAGCAAGAGUCCGGGGGCAGCGACGGUUGAAAAGCCACAGACAGCGGGACCCGCUGGUGGACAGCAGCAGGACUUGUCGUCGUCGUCGUCGGCGUCGGCAAGUAAGGCAGCGUCGACGGUACGUACGCAGGAAGCGGCCAAACCGUACCAGUUGGGCAACAGCCUAAAGAAUCCCAACAAUUCUGGAUUUAAAUCGAUCGAACAGCAACAGCAACGUGAACAGCCCCAGCAGCAGCAGCAGCCUGACCAAGGGAAGCAGCAGGAAGAUCCGGUGCCAGCGAACACUACCGAGGGAAGCCCGGACAAGCCCGGCCAGGAGGAACAGGGUGACAGCACGGUCCCAACGGAACCGACCAUUGUGUUCGAUAUCGGAACCCAGGCAACCAUGGCGACUGGACAGGCCGAGAAGCGUGAGCAUCUCUACAAAAUUCUCGUCAUCGGCGAGCUCGGCACUGGCAAGACGUCCUUCAUCAAGCGGUACGUGCAUCAGUUCUUCAGCCAAAACUAUCGCGCCACAAUCGGGGUGGACUUUGCGCUCAAAGUGCUGAACUGGGACCAGAACACGAUUAUUCGCCUGCAGCUAUGGGAUAUUGCCGGUCAGGAACGAUUCGGCAACAUGACCCGCGUGUACUACAAGGAAGCAGUGGGAGCGUUCAUCGUAUUCGAUGUAACACGCAGUGCCACUUUUGAUGCGGUGAUCAAGUGGAAGAACGACCUCGACUCAAAAGUGCAGCUACCCGAUGGCAAACCCAUUCCGUGCAUACUCUUAGCCAACAAGAGUGACCAACAAAAGCAGGGAAUUGUGACGACACCCGCCAAACUGGACGAGUACGUCAAAGAGCACGGGUUCGCUGGAUGGUUCGAAACGUCGGCCAAGGAGAACGUCAACAUUGAGGAAGCGGCCAAAUCGUUAGUUAAUAAGAUUUUAAUGAAUGACAAACUGUUAAACACGGGUGAGGUCAUCGAUUCGGAACGGUUCGCCCUGGUUGGCGGAAAGUCGGACACGAGCCAGAAGAAGUCGUGUUCUUGCUGACCUAACCCUAGACCUCAACUAGCGGCGCGCGCUUCAACCGGCGCAUCGGAGACACACUGGACCGUGGUUUUCCACGUUGUGUUUGGGCGCGUGCUGCUCGUGUGUAUUUGUGUGUGUGUAUGUGUGACCAUUCCGCUGUGUUACGUCAUCACCUACGAUUUGCUUACGUUUUGUUUGUUUUUAACUUUUAAUUGUUUUUAUCUUGUUUACAAUGACUCUCCCCUUUCUUAUCCCCUCGUGUCCCCCAAUUGUUCCCCCUAUUCCCCCAACGGUCCCGCGCGUUCGUUGACAACAAACCCCUAUUUACUAUUACCACUAACUAUUAUACUACUCUAAAAACUGUACGCCCCUACUCCACACUACUAUGGGCACAUAAUCGCGUUGUUACUAAAAUCCUCUGGGCCAGCAAGCUAAACCAAAAACGAGUAAUGUCCCGAGUAAUGUUUCCCCUUUCGCGCAACCAUUUGUCAACUUUUGCUGCACACCACGCACUGUCAGAUGUUUUCGGUUGCUGCAACACUAAAAACAGAGGAAAGUACACACUAACGCAGCUGAAGAAGAACAAAAAAAAGGGAUCGACAAAGCCGAGCCACCUACUUACUACACGGCACCCGAUAAAGGGUGAACCGGAUGCGCACCCCAAAACCAUCCACAGUGGAGAAAUCUACACACAGAGCCUCUUUCAAUCCGUCGCAGCUUUUUUCUGGUGGAUGAUCGAUCGAUUGUUAUUGUUGUUGAUAAUAAUGAAGAUCUUGUUGACGUGUUAGAGAGAAGAGCGAUGCAGUAGUGGCCAUUUUUUUCGUCGGAGAUAAAGUAUAUUCAUGUAAUGAAGAAAAGAAAGCCUAAAUUUUUGCUGGAAAGAAUUCCAGUUCCAGUGCAGUUAUUUUAGCGUGAUUGUAUCGAUUCAGAGAAAGAAUAUCAUGAAUAUUUACCGCUUUUAUAUAUCGCUUUAGAGGGUACAGCACGCAACAUAUUUCGGGUCAAAUAUUCUAAAAGGAGAAAGAGCUAAAUUCAAAGAUAGUAUCACAAAAAAGAGGAGAAACUGGCAUACCACGCAUCGUUCAGAAGGCAAGCGAGGCAACAAACCGUGUCGCAGCAGCGCGUGUAGGAAAUAGCGAACGAUUGGCUUAAUUUAUUUGGCUUGUUCGUCUGCGCUUUAGGUGUUUGUCGCGUGGAGUAUCGUGUGCGACCGAAUGCAGCUGAAAGGACAUCAGUAUGAUGAACCGAUAGUUUAGAGAGAGAGAUAACAAGAGAUAAAAUGUUUUUAAAACACACA